GUUGGUACGGGGAAGUACCUACUACAGCCGAUGAGCGAUGAACAAAAUCACACUCCCCUGAUACAUCGUUCCCAUCGACCAUCAAUCUAUUUACCUUCUUCCUAGGAUUAAACCCAUUGCCGAUCUCGAAAGUUCAGAGGACAAAGGAUAAGAAACAUGGCUGCUACCUCAUCUGUCUCGGCAGCAUUUAAGCCCGAAGUGAAAUCCAUCAACAAACCCCUUCCGACUCCAUUAUCACUAUCCACCGCGCAAAUUCCGUUCCGCAAGCCAUCCUGGCAUCCUUUUUGCAAUCACAAGCUCCGAUUCCGGGCGAACUCGAUGGAGCGCCAGGUACAAUCAGGGCAGCCUGCAGGUCCUCGGACGUCAAAGGGCAGCGGCGCAUUGCAGAAGGACCCGCGGAAGCUGUGGAAUAGGUACUUGGAUUGGGUGUACCGGAACAAGGAGCUGGGGUUGUACCUGGACAUCAGUCGGGUCGGGUUCAGCGACGAGUUCAUGUCGCAAAUGGAGCCCCGGAUUCAGAAGGCCUUCAAAGACAUGGAGGAGCUCGAGAAAGGCGCGAUUGCGAAUCCCGACGAAGGGCGUAUGGUCGGACAUUAUUGGCUCCGGAGCCCGCACCUCGCUCCCAACUCUUCCCUCCGGUUGCAGGUUGAGAACACCCUCGAGGCUGUUUGUAAGUUCGCAGACGACGUCGUCACUGGUAAGAUCAAGGCUCCUUCAGGUGGCCGAUUUACUCAAAUUCUUUGUGUUGGAAUUGGUGGUUCUGCACUUGGGCCCCAGUUUGUGUCUGAGGCAUUGGCUCCCAAUAACCCUCCCCUGAAGAUUAGGUUCAUUGACAACACUGAUCCAGCUGGCAUUGAUCAUCAAAUAGCACAACUUGGGCCAGAGCUGGCAUCAACACUUGUUAUUGUGACCUCUAAGAGUGGAGGCACCCCUGAAACCCGAAAUGGUCUACUGGAAGUACAGAAGGCCUUUUGUGAAGCAGGGCUCGAAUUCGCAAAACAGGGAGUUGCCAUUACACAAGACAAUUCGUUGCUUGACAAGACUGCCAUAAGCGAAGGAUGGAUUGCCAGAUUUCCUAUGUUUGAUUGGGUUGGUGGUAGAACUUCUGAAAUGUCUGCUGUUGGUUUGCUUCCAGCAGCUCUUCAGGGAAUUGAUAUAAGAGAGAUGCUUGCUGGUGCUGCAUUGAUGGAUGAAGCAAAUAGGACUACUAUUGUCUGUGAUAACCCUGCAGCGCUUCUUGCCCUAUGUUGGUACUGGGCGACUGAUGGAAUUGGAUCUAAGGAUAUGGUUAUUCUUCCAUACAAGGAUAGCAUGUUAUUGUUCAGUAGAUACUUACAACAGCUGGUCAUGGAGUCACUUGGAAAAGAAUUUGAUCUGGAUGGUAAUAGGGUGAAUCAAGGAAUCACAGUAUAUGGAAACAAAGGGAGCACAGAUCAGCAUGCUUACAUCCAGCAGCUGAGAGAGGGGGUGCACAAUUUCUUUGUCACUUUUAUUGAAGUACUACGUGACCGGCCCGCCGGUCAUGAUUGGGAGCUUGAACCUGGUGUCACCUGUGGUGACUACCUUUUUGGAAUGUUACAGGGAACAAGGUCAGCCCUUUAUGCCAAUAAUAGAGAGUCUAUUACUAUAACAGUACAAGAGGUGACACCUAGAUCGGUUGGUGCCCUAAUAGCACUCUACGAACGAGCUGUCGGUAUUUAUGCUUCACUGGUCAACAUUAAUGCUUAUCAUCAGCCCGGUGUAGAAGCUGGGAAGAAAGCUGCAGGAGAAGUUUUAGCGCUUCAAAAGCGUGUUCUUGCAGUACUUAAUGAAGCCAGCUGCAAAGAGCCUAUUGAACCACUAACACUUGAAGAAUUAGCUGAUCGAUGUCACGCCCAUGAAGAUAUUGAAAUGAUCUAUAAGAUUAUACAACACAUGGCAGCAAAUGACAGAGCACUGAUUGCCGAAGGCAGCUGCGGUUCACCUCGUAGCAUUAAAGUGUUUCUGGGCGAAUGUAACGUUGACGACUUGUAUGCCUAGUUAGUAUUUAUUACAACAUAAAAACAUUUAGCCUUGUAUGCUAGCCACUAAGGUUUUGUCAAAGAAAUAAAUACUCUCUUCGUCCCGAAAUAAACUUCCUGUUAUCUAUGCAAGCCACAUUCUUCUCCUUCUGGGUUAUGGCUCUUAUUUUCUUUCAUUAUUAUCCAAAUAUCAACCAUAUAUCUUUCUUUUGAACCACUUUCUUAAGAAGCU